AUGGCAGUUGUAUACACAGUGCUGGUGCUGUUCUUGGCAGUUUUUGUUGCUGGAUUUGUAUUGCUGGUCUUGGGGGCAAUGAAUUUUGAUUUCUCCAACUCAGAAAUUCCUCCUGGAGUGAAUGAGCCGGUAAAGCUCCGAAUCAUCCACAUCAUGUUAAUAAGCAGAGCUGUGGUGGGAAGGAUUUUGGAAAACAUUGGUAUCUGCAGUCAGGUUGACUUUGUCCGGUACAUGCAAGAUAGAAAGACUCUACGAGUGGACCCAAAGCUCUUCAUCAAGGACCUGUGGUUUGAAAAAGUGCCUGUAAGGAUUUAUCAGCCUAAGGCUCCAUCUGCCCGCCAAUGGAGAGGAGUCAUGUUUUUCCACGGAGGAGGAUGGGUAUUUGGAAGUCUUGACACCCAUGAAAGGCUAUGCCGCUCUAUUGCCAGAGAAAGCGAAUCUGUGGUUGUAUCUGUUGGGUAUCGUUUAGCCCCUGAACACAAAUACCCUGCUGCGUAUGAAGACUGUCUUAAUGCCACCAUACACUUCAUGAAGAAGGCAGAGCACUAUGGUGUGGAUCCUGCCAACAUAACUGUCUGUGGGGACAGUGCUGGGGGCAAUCUGGCAGCUGCUGUUAGCCAGACCCUUGCAGGUAGAUCAGACCUCCCCAGCCUGCGUGCUCAGGUCUUGAUCUACCCAGGCCUGCAGGCCCUGGACUUCAAUUUACCAUCCUACCAUCAAAAUCGAGGGGUCCCUCCCUUAUUCCGAGAACGUGCUGCUUUCUGUAUGUUACAGUACCUAGAUGGGAAUGCAUCAAACCUUGAAGAGGUCUUGGAGGGCUCCCAUAUUCCUAUGGAUAUAAAAUUAAAUUAUGGGAAGUGGGUGAGCCCAGAUCAUAUCCCCGAAAAAUUUAAGGUCAGAGGCUACAAACCACAUGUGCUACUUGAUUGUUCAACUGAAACAGAUGAGACAGUGAAGAGAUUCUGUGAGCCCAACCUGUGCCCGCUGCUGGCCGAAGAUGCUGUGAUGCAGCAGCUGCCCGAGUCUUUCAUCCUGACUUGCGAGUAUGAUGUGCUGAGGGACGAUGGUUUGCUUUACAAGAAGAGACUGGAGGACAACGGUGUUCCAGUGACCUGGUACCACCUCGAGGAUGGAUUCCAUGGAAUCAUAAAUUCAUUGAAUACUGACUGGUUGUCAUUCCCGUCUGGAAAAAGGGGUCUUGACAAUAUUGUGAACUUUCUAAAAAGCUUAUAG